AUGUUGUUGACGGUCGUUUCAGCGUUGCUCAUGAUGAACAUCGGAGCCGGUACAAUUCAAUCGUGCCUCUUCCUUCCGAAUCUAAUGCUUGAGGGGGGAACAUAUGACGAGUUCACUACUAUGGAGAUACGAGAUUGUUGUGUAGCAUGCUCGAGCCAUGAGUGCUGCAUUGCCUAUACUUAUGAUGAGAUUACCCAUCGCUGCUAUCUCAAGUCGGCAAUUGGAUCAUCUGAAGAGGAUAGCACUAAAACUAGUGGACUGAAGCCGAAUGCUUACUUUGCUAAAGGGGUCAAAUUGAAGAACAUCUUGAUCGACGGCGACCAAUCCAACACUCUUGAAUUGAAAAACCAUGAGGAGUGCCGUGCCUACUGUAGCGCCUACCAAGUUUGUUCGUGGAGACCACACCGCAAUCAAGGGGCCAACCCAAAGGGCGAAUGUGCUUGCAGCAUGAGAAUCAAAUCGCUCAAAUACAUGCAUGGAUGCGUUUCUGAAAUUUUGCCGACCAGCCAAUAA